AUGCUCUUUCAGCCAAUCAUGCUAUGCCUCAAUGGGUCAACUUGCUUCUCGUCGCUCGAUCCAUCUCCUCCGAUCAACCAAGGCAAGGAGCGAGCGACAAGGAGCUACGAGCGUCGAAACUUUGGUGAACUGCACGAUCCUCUCUCGGGGCCUUGCAGAUAUCAGACCCGGAUCCCGGUCAAGAUGCAUGGUUCCGACACUCUGAUUCCAUCCACAUCUCCAAGCGAUAACGCAGGAAACCGCUCGGCGAGAACUGGAAGAGUACUUGGCAAUUCUAGUGUUCGGAAUGCUAGAAUCCCUCCGAAGGGAUGUGAAAGGACGGCCAGACGAGACUCGGAAGAGAAAUACGAGGACGUAACACAAUGGAGGCUUCCUUACUAUCGCCUGUCCGUUGCGAAAACACGGAGCUUGAAUACUGGCCUUCCUGCUGAAGACCCGUGGAUAUGGAUGGCAUGGCGGUUGCUAAAAACAAACUUUGUGUUACAUGUGCCAAUCCUGCAGCCCGGUCCAGAAUGA